UGCCACCUGUCAGAGUCCACCAGUGCCAGCUGAACAGUGCCAUGUGCCAGUGCCCAUCAGUGCCACAAUGCCACAUAUCACUGCCCUUCAGUGUCACCCAUCAGUGCCAGUCAGUGCCACCUAUCAAUGCCAAUCAGUGCCACCUAUCAGUGCUGCCAAUCAGUGCCAGUCAUCAGUGCCGCCUAUCAGUGCGCAUCAGUGCCUCCUGUCAGUGCCAUAUAUCAGUGCUCUAUAUCAUUGCUGCCUUUCAGUGCCUAUCAGUGAUUCCUGUCAAUGCCCAUCAGUGCCAC